AUGCUGGAUAAGCGUGAGACCACCAGACCUUAUGUAGCACAUUUCUAUGGUCCUUCAACUUUGGCAGCCACUGAAACCAAGCCUGCCUCUGCUGAUCCUGACUCUAUCUGGCUGCCGUAUCCGGACAUCUUCCUUGUCCUCUCAUCCAUGUGGUCCCUACUCAAGGUGUCCUGGGCGGCUUCCAACCUCUGGUUCGAAGUCCCUAUCUACACUUCUCUGCUACCUUCUAACUUCUUCAUGCUCACCGGACGUCUGAUGGCCAUAAGUACAUUUGCAGCCUCGGCCGGUCUUCUUCCACUGCUGUGUGUCCUGCUUUUUCAAGCUUGCGUCGCUGUGCUCACUGAGGUUGCCCUAAGCUGGGGACACACAGAGAGGUCUAAGCCGUCAAAGGAAAAUGUUGUCGCACGGCUGUUGGAAACUGCUAGCCUCCUUUUUGACGCUCCAAUGUCCAUCACCUUCAGGUUGGGUCCUGCGCGCAUUGGUUGUUACUGUAUUUAG